AUGAAAUGUUAUUUGAUACAUGCUUGGAUAUACGAGCACUUCCCUACAUUGGGAAGGAAGCAAUUACGGGAUACAUAUGUGGAGACCGAACCCCGUGCUAGACGUUAUAUCACUGGACGCGCUACUUCUGCUAUAGCUGAUGUUAGAGUUCAGUUGGAUGCCUUGACAUAUGAUGGGGUGAUUUGGAACCCAUAUGUAGCACAUAGGGCUGGUCGACCACUUGUUGUAUCUGCCAUGUUUUCUGGCUACCUCAAGCUUGGUAUCCUCGUACACCGUCAUCUGCUGAAGCGUGUGCUGCGACAAUUUGGCUUCAUGCAGCCUAUUCCACGACCGUCGAGUUCGCUUCCCAUGUUGGACUUUCCGACUAAUGAUGAUUGGUGGAAAGACUACUAA